UUAUGGUUUUUUUGGUUGCUUAGCUUAAUUACACAUGGAUAUCAGACCAAGGCCAAGUCAUAAAAAUUAAUGAUACGGCAUUGGAAAACCUUUCGCAGACUGAAGCAUCAAUACUUAAAAAUAUUGCUAUUGAAAAAAUUAGAGAACUGAAUAUUGGAAAGAAUAUUGAUAGACGCGAUUUUUAUUUGGAACAUCCUUGGAAAAUAAUCUAUCAAGAAAUAGAAAACAAGGAGUAGUGUCUGGAUCAAAAUCAUUGACAUCAGUUUUUCGUAGUAAUACACCCAAUAGUAGGGUUGGGAAAUUAAAUAGUAAUGUACGCUCAUGUGAGAAUUUACCAACAAAUUUGAUGGACUAUGUAAGCUCGUCAGAGCAAGGAUCUUCAUCAGAUAAUUUGCCAUAUAUUCAUAAGACUUCAUCGAUAUCAAAAUCAAUACAAAUAUCUCGAAGUCAAUUUGACGUGAGAAAAAGUGAUUUUGACCUUAAUGGUAUAUUAUUCGAUGAAUCUAAUGCGAAGAAACUAAACGUACCUGUAUUUGUGCUAAACUGUAUAAAAUAUUUGGAAGAUCAUGGACUUCAAAACGUUGGCCUAUUUCGUGUUAGUACAUCAAAAACGAGUGAAACAACUUCGGGAGGACUUUGACAAAAAUUGGAACAUGUGCAUUCCUGACAAUACAUGCCCUCAUGAUGUCGCAACAUUACUGAAGGAAUAUUUACGAGACUUACCUGAGCCUUUGCUGUGCAACAAACUGUAUACGACUUUAGAAACUCAACGUAUUCGGAACCGACGAUUACAGCUUGAGGGGAUAUCUCAUCUAAUCAAAUUGUUACCUAUUGCACAUCGAGACACAUUGCAUGUAAUAUUACGAUUUCUUGGUAAUGUAGCUGCCCAUUGUGAUGAUAUAUUUUCCACUGAUGGAACAAUUGAAAUUACUGGCAACAAAAUGGACAGCUACAACUUAUCGACAAUCUUUGCGCCCAAUAUUUUGCGCAAUUCCUUGUCAAAGGCACCUCAAUUUAAUGAACAUGAAAAUAUCUCGAAUGCGAUAAAUGUUAUAAGAAUAAUGAUUGAUCACUAUGAGGAAAUAUUCAAAGUGCCACGGGAGCUACUUGACGUUCUAUACACUAAUAUGUUAGAUACAUGUCCAGAUAACCUACACGCACUUAUGUCCAACAAAGCCCGACAAAUACAGAAUCAAGAUGAAAAUACAGAACCUAAAUGCAAUAUUGUAAAUCCAGAAUAUCUUAAGCAGACUCAUUACGAAUCAUCUACUCAUUUAAAAUGUGAUGAAAGACGUCAAUCCACACCGAUUUUGCUUGAUGAAUUGAACGUAUUCUCAGCUAGUCUUCAGAUAUCAAGGCCAGAUGAAUCAAUUAAAGACAAAACUGUGUUUACUACCAUUAUAACUGAACCCAAAGUUCCAGAGAGUACAUCGAAUCUUGGAGGAGCCGCAUUAAGUGCAAAGACUGCGGAACUUGGUACAUCUAAUAAAUGUAACGCAGAUAAUGAUGUAUCACGUAUUUCUCCAUCGAAAAGCACCAAGCUUUAUAAACGUCAGCAUUUUAUAUCAAGCUCGAGGCAUAAGAAUUAAAGAUAAAUCGCAUAUCAUGCCAUCUAACUAUAAAUUAUGACUGUUAAUUAUACUGUAUUUUUGUUAAUUAUAAGCCCAAGAUGGCUAUGUUUCCAGUCCA